AUGAUUUCUCCUUCCUCAUCACCUCUGAAAAGAAAAAUGAGCACGACUACAAGUACUGCUGCACCGACAACAACGAAUUCAUCAUUGGGAAUUUCUUCUUCGCCGUCUUCAUCGUCCGAGGCUUACUCGUAUGAAAAACAACAAAAGAAGAGAAUGAUUCAUCAUGAUACCCGAACGUUUGCCCGAGAAUCUGAUUCAAUAGAACAUGAAUGUGAGGGUGUUCCGCUUGAAAACUUUCUAAAUGAAAGGAUUGAUGAAAAAUUGAAUCGAUUUGAAAAAACUUUGCGAGAAUUGAGUGUAUUCUAUAGAGAGGGAACAGAGAAUGACAUAGAUGAUGAAAAAUCUUGUCACCAUCACGAUAUUAAUAGAAACAACAAUACUGCUUCUACAAUGCAGCAUGCCAUUAUCAACCACAACACGAACAUAUUAAACGAAGACAAGCAGCUCGAAGAAGGAUUGGAAAUAGAAAUUUCACACCGAAAAGCAAUUACAACACGAUUCAAGUUUCUCAAUGCCCACGACAUGCUUCGAGUUGCAGGUAUGCGUGGCGUGGAAGAUUUAUUUUGUGGAGGUGACUAUGAAGACGUUUCAAAUCAUAUUCGUCCCACCAUUGAUUUCGAAUUAUUGGACGUACUGCUAAAAAUCUCAAUUGCUCAACACAAUGCAAAGAACGGAGUUUCCGUAAUUUCUAUUUUUCAAAUUGCAUAUCAAUUAACACAAAUUAUGUUUGCAGAACGAAAAGCUGCCUUGAAAUUUAUGAGUGAAAAUAUGAGUGCAUCUGAUGAUAAAAUUGCUAGCGAAUCAUCAAAUGUAAACGUUGAAGAAUUAAUAAUUUGUCAAAUUAAUCGAAUUCGAGUGAUGGAAUAUAAUCCUGAGAAGGGAGAAGAAAUCAAAAUUGCAUUGACAUAUAACGAAUAUCAACGAGAGCAUUCCUACAGAGUUUGGAACGAUCAAAGAGAAUCCUGUGAAAUAUUUGCAUUGGGAAAAUUAUUAUUCUCACUUCUUGCAUGGCACUAUUUGGAUUUUGAAAACUUCACUCAUCAAGAAUUAUUCGAAACCAUUUCUCAAAAUUAUGUACAUACUGAAAAUUUAUGCGAAAUUAUGGCAGCAGUCAUGAGAAAAUUAUAUCAUUCACAAACAAUGGAGCAUCGAAAACAACUACUAGAUGACUUGAUCACUGAAUGGCCUGCUGGAAAAUUCACCACAAUCAUGCAAAAUUCCUACAAUACAUCUACUUAUAUGAAAUCUGGAUCGUUUAAUGCGGGCGUGUUGGAUUGGCUAUUCGAACAAUCCAAAAAGCAGUAUUACAAACAGCAUGUGACUACACGCUUUUUUAACCUCUUUAGUGAUUUGACAGAGAAUGGCACCCAUUCGGACGAGGACUCUACGAAUCCAUUCAUCAACUCGUCCUCCGUUUUCGAUUUUUUCUCGUCACAUUGGGAAGACUUGGGAACUGUGAAUCAUGAUGCCAUUUUACGAGACUGCAUCUUUUCCAAGAAGAAGAUUGAAAGUAUCCUACAAAAGAUUAGUUCCAUUGGAAAUCCCAUCAUUCAAAAGCGAUACAUUAAGAAGGUACUAGUUGAAAUUCUACCCAAAUCGUUACAACUUGCACUGCAUCCUCAAAUUGAAAACGAGUUCAAUAUUCAACAAUCAUCAGCCCUUACGAACUACCUCUUUCCAAAUGUUACCUUCUUUCAAAAAUAUGCACCACUCACAAGAGCACUCUCAUGUUUACUCUUUCCCAUACCUGAGCUCAGAAUCAAAUUAGAUACAUGGCAAUUUGUAGAGCUGCCACAGUUUAUUUCAUCUGUGAGCCAAAGCAUGGCCAUCCAUAACAAGGAAGAAAUGAUUCGAUAUUUGGAUAUGAAUCCAUUUUUCCAAGGAGAGCCCUUAGUUGCUGAAUCCAACACACAACAACCAGAACAGUUGAAUCAAUUCCAAAAGGAAGAUGAGCAUUCACCUGAAAAUUCAGACGAAGCACAGCAGCAAUCACACAUUCGACAAAAUACCUUCAUGUCCGCCAUUGCAUUUUAUGGCUUGUCAGAUUUUAAAAGCUCCAUAACCAUUUUAAAUCGAGUAAUUGAGAGCCGAUUGAGACAAUUGAACGAUAUAUUGAACCAAAAUCAUGACAUGUCCACCAUCGAUCGAGGUAGUAUGGACACAAGCCCCACUCUACUUUCGUAUGACUCUCUCAUGGAAAAACAAGCCAUCUCUCUGGACUUGCUAUUGACUGAAUUAAUUUUAUCAUAUUCUUACAAGGCGAAAGGACAAACCGAGACGAAAAUGUAUGAUGAUGCCAAGAUUUGCUCCAUUCAUUCCAUUAAGGUCAUUCAUAUUGCACAUAUUUUACUUUCCAAAAGCAGCCACCGAUUCGAGGAAGCACGAAAACUCAUGAAGGAAAUUCUUGAAACACACUAUGAUACCAUUGAAGCGGGAGUACAAUUAUAUGCGGUGGUGGAAACAUGUGUCAAGCAAUGGAACAAUACAACACCUUCAAGCACAAAAGAAGAAAUGGCAAUAUCCAAUCACAAGACACUCGAAGGUUACUUUGUGUUACCAAGAUGGCUCAUUUCCACAUUCUUUACCAUUGCUUAUAUUUAUGACCAUAUUGACAGCUUUGAGGAGGCUAUUCGUUUGUACAAAUUUGUGAUCAUGGUCUGUCCAACCUAUUCCAUGGCGUUCAACAAUUGUGGAAUUUGUUUGUAUAGACUUGGAGCUCCCAAUCUUGACCAAGAACCCAACAUUGACCAAGCCAUCUCUGCCCAAUGUGAAGAAGAGUCCUUUGCUAACUUUACUCUGUCGUCGAAUUUGGACAAGGCCAAUAUUUGUCCUCAUGUGAAUCGAGUAAGCUUGCUAGUGGCUCAGUCAAGCUUUAAUAGCGUUUCCCGAAUUAAGAAGAAUCUCUUGUCCAUUGCUGAAGUGUACGAAACAAUUGGAUAUGAAGGCGCCACAACACUUUUGAAGCGACUGUUUAAGGAAGAUACCACUCUUGAGGCAACAUAUUUACUCUGGAUUCGAGAUCGAAGGGAACGAGCAAUUUUCGAUUCUAAUUGCUGCAUUUUGUGUAAAACAUCUGUCGAAGGAUUGGAAGAUGUGGCCGAAUAUUUAUUUGAUCGAUCCUUGAAUUUCCAAUCACUCUCCAUGUUCGAUCAAGCUGUCAUUGACUUGUCACGUUGCUUUGAAUUAUCGGUUCUGCUUUCACACAAAGCAGAUACUCUGGGAGGUUACCAAGGAGCGUCGGUCUUUCAAUCGAGUGUACUGUUUAACAGAGCUUUGUGCUAUGACUUUCAGCAACGACCAGCAGAAGCAUUGGAAGAUUUAUACAAGAUUUUAGAAAUUGAUCCGAAUGAUGCUGAUGCAUUGAGCAUGAUCGAUGAAAUGUUACAUAACCAUAACGCUAAAUUACGAUUGGAUUAA